AAUUGUUACUACAAGCAAAACAGAAUAUAUCCGUCAUGAGCGGGAAAAUAUCGAGUGAAGAAUUCACGCUACCCUGCUGGGUAACUACCGUUUCAUUCUAUUCGUGUAUAGCGGCAACAGUGAUUAUCUUUAUGUCCAUAUUGCUCCAUCUUUUGAACUAUCGCAAACCGUUCCAACAAAGACUAAUGAUCAGAAUCCAAUUGAUUGUGCCAUUGUUUGCACUUUCGUGCUACUCGAUGUUGGUAGACUCCGAGUCCAAGAUCAACCGGUUGGUGUUGGAACCGGUCAGAGAAAUCUACGAGGCAUUUGUGAUAUAUACGUUCUUCUCCUUGCUCACAGAUAUGCUUGGAGGUGAGAGAAGUAUCAUUAUUACGACCAGUGGCAGGAAACCAGUGGACCAUCCCGGCAGUUUGAAAUACAUCUUUCCUCCCAUCGACAUCUCUGACUCGACGUCAUUUCUUGUCAUCAAGAGAGGGAUUUUACAGUAUGUGUGGUUGAAGCCGUUAAUAUGUUUGGGGACCAUGUUCACCGAAUUGCUUGGAGUCUAUAAUGUCAACAAUAUGGGGGCCGAGUCCAUAUAUCUUUGGUUGAUGGUGCUUUACAAUCUCAGUGUCAGUGUGUCGUUGUACUGUUUGGCGAUAUUUUGGAAAAUCUUGUGGGAUGAUUUGAAGCCUUUCAAUCCGGUGGGGAAGUUUUUAUGUGUUAAGCUUAUUAUCUUUGCUUCGUAUUGGCAAGGAGUGUUGUUGGCAAUUUUGAACUAUUUUCACGUAUUGCCGGGAUCUGGAGAUACGUCUAAAAACAAUUCCAAUAUCGGUAUAUCUAUUCAGAAUGCUCUUUUGUGUGUGGAGCUUAUAGCCUUUGCAAUAGGCCAUUGGUUAUCAUUUUCUUAUAAACCUUUUACUUUGGAAUAUAUUCCCAACAGCAGGUUAAGCUUCUACCAUGCGGUGCGAGAUAUGGUGGGGAUCAAGGACUUGAUCCAAGACUUCAAACUCACAUACUACGGGGAUUAUUACAAGGACUUCAAGACAUUCGACUCGGUAAAUGCCCUAAUUCACCAUCCUAGCUCCAAGGCUCGGAUGAAGAAAAUCAACCAGGGACUCAGAUAUCAUUAUGAUGGUAAACAGAAGUACUGGCUACCACUAUCUGUGGACAACCGAUCGAUAGUGGAAAAUGCCACUAUUGGAGACGAAAUCCUAGGCGCUCCUUCCAUCAACUCUUUUGGUACUUCCACCCUAGGUAUAGUAUCGAACUCUCCAAAGAAUUUGGCAUCGCCUGAACUGUCUCCUGAACUAUCACCAACCGAAGAACUCGGCAGCUUCUCGAUUGCUGCGUCUCUCAAUAACGACGAGUUUAAUUACGACAACGAAAUGCUAGAUGAUGAUGAAGCUUUAUAUCAUGCUGCGUACCAGGAGAUCAACAACUACCGCCUAGAUCAAUCGGAGAUCAAGCGUCUCAUCAACUAUCCAGUGGUGGACAAUGUAAUUGACAGUCAUCGGUAUGGCUAUAAAGUGAAAAAAUUACGAGAACAUAGAAAGUCACUGGUGGAGAGAGGGAGAAGCAUACAAAGAGGUGGUCACUCCACCAACUACGGCAGUAUAGUCUGAUUAUGAUCAUUGCUGGUUUAUUUAUUUCUUCUUAAUGUACAAAUAUUGGGUUACUAUCUACAAGUGUGCACUAUUAGUUUUCAAUUUUAAACAGAUAUAAUGCAUCCAAAUCCUCCUCUUCCACCUUUGGGGCCUUUUCGGGCUCUUCUUUCUUCUUUUUCUCUACCGGUUUUUGCUUCUUAUCUGAAGGUUUAGCAGUUGUAGUGGGAACGUCUUUAGGUAUACAGGUUAACAUCAAAAGUCCCUUGAGACCACCCUUCCGUUCAAACUUGGUUUCUGUUUGCUCUAGCAAACCUUGGAGUUCGUCUACAACCACCUGGCGUCUCUUGAGCUCAAAAGGAUCCAAAUUAGCGUCGAAUUCAGUGAAGUGAUCAGGAUUUUCGGGAUCAGGUCUCUUUUUACCAUGAACAUGGAUCAGGAACCGUUCACCUUUGCUGAUUCUCCUCUCAAUUUCGGCUUUCUUCUGUAGACGUAAGUCGCCUAAGCUGAUGCUCCACUUCAAUGAAACAGUUUUGGCAGAAGAUUUCUUUUUGUCGGCUUUAUCUCUCAGUCUUAAGACUCUAGAAACAGUAACAUUACCCUUACUUAAAAGCAUUUGUUCCAUAUCCUUUGCCAACUCGUUCGUGUACCCUUUUAUCAUGUCUUGCACGGUGACGUG